UUCUCAUCUAACAACUUCUCUCUUAGGGCCCAAAGGUGUGAUCAAUGACUGGAGAAAGUUUAAAUUAGAAAGUGAAGAUAAAGACUCCUUACCCCUGAGCAAGAAAGAAAUUCUUAGACAAAUGUCUUCACCACACAGGUCCUUCAGUAAAGAUGAUAAAGACACCAGAGAGAGAUUCUGCCGUAAGAUGAGUAUGCAGGAGUAUGAAUUAAUAAAUGAUGAGAAAGAAGAUGAAAGUUGCCUACAAAAAUACCGUAAACGCUGCAUGCAAGAUAUGCACCAAAGGCUGAGUUUUGGGCCUAAAUACGGCUAUCUGUGUGAGCUGCAAAAUGGAGAACAGUUCCUGGAAGCCAUUGAAAAAGAACGUAAAACUACCACCGUCAUCGUCCACAUUUAUGAAGAUGGCAUCAAGGGCUGUGAUGCUCUGAACAGCAGCUUAACCUGCCUUGCUGCUGAGUACACCACCGUGAAGUUCUGCAAGAUCAAGGCCUCCAGCACCGGGGCUGGAGACCGCUUCUCAGACGAAGUGCUUCCCACCCUGCUUGUCUAUAAGGGUGGAGAGCUUCUGAGCAAUUUCAUCAGUGUUUCUGAACAAUUCAAUGAGGAAUUCUUUGCUGUGGAUGUGGAGUCUUUCCUAAAUGAGUAUGGGUUGCUACCUGAAAGGGAGCUUCCAGCACUGGGAAAUGGCAACACGGAUGAGCAAGAUGUUGAAUAGAAAGCCAUAGUCCUCUCUGCCUUCCCUUUCUCUCCUGUACAUUACACAUCAAUCUCAGUAAUACCCAACUCAUUUAGAGAAGGCUGUCAUUGCUUCCUAACACGUUUGUAAGACACGCAUAUAUAAAUACUCCUUAACUAUUAGCAUGCGAAUUUUUAAGUAAAACACAUACAACAGCCAGCAAUGUACAUACUUAUUUCUACACCAGGCACAAGUAACAGGAAGAACAAGAGAUGAUACUGGUGAUCUGUAAUAAACUAGGCAUGCACAAAAUUAAAAAUCAAGGGCCUAAGCAGGUCUCUGCUGUGCACAAGAACAACUUCACAUCAACAGGAACAGAACUGAUCUGUCCCUGGGCAAACAAAACAAGCCAUCUCCAUUGUCAGAAAUUAUGGAGAGUCCUGGCUCCACAGAUUCACUUUUCUAACCAUUUUCAGUAGGAACAAGACUUCACUGAUUCAUUUAGUUUUAAGGACAAACAAAUAGCCUAAAGCCUUUGCAAUCUUAAAUGGCUUAGGUACCUAAGAGAUUAUUUCAUGUUUCCGCAUGUAAGUUUCAGUAACUGAAAAUAUUGAAGUUAGCUUCUAUUAACUCUCUCAUCAUAAGAGCUAACACAAACAACCAGCUAAUUUCAGUUUAUCAUUGCUCCAUGUUUUGAACUGUAAUAUUUAAAAUAUUUGCAAGCUACUGAAAAAGUAUAUUGUGCUUAUGUAAUAACUCUGAAUAAAGCUUAACAGCUCUCAAAAACUGCCAUGAGAAGUGCAUAAUAUGUUUGUAAUCUGUAACAUUAAAAACGUGGGAAAUAUCAGAAAGCACUCAUUUAUUCAAGUUUUUAGCUUUAGUGAAAGGGAUACCGCUGAGAACAAUUUUAAAAUUCAUGGGAGGAGGACACAUUGUAGAUUCUGUACAGCUCUUGCUUACUCCUCUGUACAUGCAAAGACAUUCAGCUCUUGCAGCAAAACAUUAGUAAUGUUUCGAUAACUUCUUUCACUCGGUGGUAAAUCUGAAAGCUAAACUUUACUCUGAAAACAGAGAUAUUUGCAUCUUAACCACAAAGUUUUGCUGAUAACCUUUGAUAUUAUCAAUAUCUUAAAGAUUAUUUCUGGCACUCAUCUGAUUCACUUACCAGUUUUAAUUUGAUUUUCUAGCUUCACAUUUUGACCAGUUUCGAGUGAGAGCUUUCAGUUUUGCUUCAGCUCAGGAUCCCAUCAUGGACAUGUCACUUUGUGAAAGCCUGAACACGGAUCAGUAUGAAUUCAUAACUCAGACAUCAGCAUCAAGGAACUAUUGCUGUGAUAUAACCCAUACAGCCGAACUUCCACGACUUCAUUAAAAGCAGGCUCCCGAUCGCUCUUUUAAACACAUUUUUUUCCACUUCUCAUUCAUAUGGAAAAUUCACAAGGUAAAGAAAAGUUACACCACUCCCCAACAGAUGUGCGCAACAAAAUAAUUACACUCAAAAAAAAAAACUAGCCCCGUGAAAUCUACCAUAGGACUCACAAGAUACCAUUUCAAACAAAAUGGUGAGAACAAAACUUAGGCUUCAUUUUAAAAAGUGGCCAAAAAUACAUUUUUCAUUUGUCCACCUUUAAUGGCUACCAAAAUAUUUCUGCAUUUAUUUUCAAUAUUGUUUUGCCAUGGAUUUAUGUUUUAAAUGAGCAUUCAAAACCUCACCCGGCAUAAAUUAAGCAAUAAGAAUGAAGUUUCAUAUCUUAACAACAUAUCAACUCUUCCAACAUGUAAAACAAUGCGGGAUUUUAUGCCCCCAAGAGGUCAAACCGUAUCUUCUCAAAAUUCCCUGAUUUCUGUGUCAUAGAUUUCUGAAGAACCAACAAAAACAUGAUGCCAUACAUUUUUCUGACAGCACCCCUGAUGGGAUAAAACUGGCAGCAGUCUUUUUCCUUAGAGCAGACCUUUUUCCUCUUCAUCAAGCAUGAUCCUUACCCUUCAGCUACCAGCAUUUUCAUUGCCUCUAAAUGUUUCAUUUGCAUAAGCACAUGGACUUUUCAAAAAGCUGCCAAUUGCAGAUACACCUAACAUCAUAAAAACUGCAUGAUCACAUAGAAGGUUAUGCAGAAAAUAAUCAAUUAUCUUCUGUCCAUCACAAAUACACCUAGCACCCUGAGUAGCAAGACAUUUGUCUUGGGUUU